GGUCAUGAAUGCAGCAGCUGCUGCUGCUUCUUGUUCCGCAGCAACAAUGGCUACCAGCUGCCACUUAUGGAGACCAGACCGAGGACGAAGCUGGAAACAUUAUGGAAUAUUUGUCAUUUUGCUGAUGGAUUUGGUAUUACAGUGCGUAAAUGCAUACCUGAGUUCACCACAUGAUGGCCAGGAUCUUCCGCACACAAGAGAUGCCCAGCGAGGAUCUAUCUUUACCAGCCCGGUGGUCACUGCUGCAGCCUCUGUUUCUCCAACAAGUGGUGUGAGCUACAUUCCUAAAUGUCCAAGCGGAGGUCUGUGCGAUCGCCUGCCAGCCAGCUGCAUUCAGUGCGACUACCAUCACGACUGCACUUAUGGGAAACCAGCCUCUUUCACUUGUAAACCCAAGAAAGGUGUCCACUGCAUAGGAAAGUCCGGAGCCCAGCAGAGUAACUUUACUCUCUCCAUCAUCUGUCAGUUCUGCUGGCAGCUGGACCCAUCUGAGUACCGCUGCUCCAACUCCACCAGCUGCAUGACUGUUUCCUGUCCUCGCAGGCGCUACAACGCCACCUGUGACGUCUUGGACCACGUGCAUUGUUUAGGCAGAAGGCGCUUCCAGAAGCGUUUGUUCUGUAAUUGGACCGGUGGAUAUAAAUGGUCUACGGCUCUGGCGCUCAGCAUCACUCUCGGUGGUUUUGGGGCAGACCGGUUUUAUCUGGGCCAGUGGAGAGAAGGUCUAGGCAAACUGUUUAGCUUUGGAGGCCUGGGUAUUUGGACGCUGAUAGACGUUCUUCUGAUUGGGGUGGGCUACGUGGGACCUGCUGACGGCUCGCUCUACAUCUGAAGCCACGCUUCCCCGUUUGCAUCCUGCUUCCGUCUCACACUACUUCGCGUCGGUGCAUCCAGCACAUCAAUCCAAUCUGCUAACGGGCAGGAAGCGUCGUCCUCGUCAAGCCAGCGAAGACUCGACAUGCUCUGCUCCAAUAACACGCUGUUGAGAUGUGCAGGAGCAGGAAGAGCCGCCAUAGUGGUGUAUCCAGUGGGUUUUGAUUUAAGCGGUAGUUAGACUCCGUUUCGCUGAUACACAUCUCUGGCUUCCUGUGGAGCGCUUCUUCUCUCACAGACAUCCUGUCGCCUUGCACCACUUAUCACUCCUACUUUAUUGCAAGGUAAACGUGUCAGUAAGGGUCAAAUGGUUGCCAUGGCUGCAGAGCUUUUGAUGAUAACACCACUCACAAAAGACUGGUUGGAGGGUGAUAUUUCUCUUCUAAAAGCAUGAAGAUGCUGGGCAGUGGGGGACCGUUCACCUAACAGCUUGUUUGCAUCGAUUUUAUUUUUUCCAUCUAAAGUAUUUGGCUGCAGCAGCUACAACUUUAAAGACAUUAACCUGGAGUUAAAUCUUCAAUAAUAAUCAUAUUAAGGUUAUGUUAUAGUCUUUUCAAAUGCAGCUUGUGAUUUAAAAGAAAAAAAACAAAGUUCCUUCUGUUGCUUCAGCUGUAAACGAAUGAAACGCACCGAUGUUUGUCCUGACAGAUGCUGAAACAGAGAGGUGUUGGAGUUGCAAACUGCAGCUAUUUUGUGGUUUUCUUGUGUAGAUAUUGGAGAUGAUAUCCGCUGCACACUACUGGCAAACUUCUCCAAACACUAAUCCCUGUAAGGAAAGUGCUUUUUAUUUCUUUUUGUUGUCGUAUGCUUCAUGAAAUGUUUGCUUUGCUGUUGUGACUGUAAACGUUUUUCUUUCUAAAAGUUAUGUAAAUAAAAGUGAAUUCUGCUCUA